AUGAGUGAGUCGACGGAGCCCGUCCACGACGGCGUGGAGGAGUUCGUGGUGGACCCUAUCCGCGUGUCUCUCCUCGCGACCAUCGACGACGAGGACACUGCCUACAGAGACCCAGACAAGACGGACCGGUACUCCCUCUUCGAAGCCAAGACCAUCGACAUAUGGGAAACCGCCAACAGAGGCGCCCAGAUUGUGGAUCGAAGCUAUCCCGUCUCACGCAAACUGCCCCCCGACCUGUUCGAGGCGUAUCACCCAGCGAUACCACGUGGGAGCCGUCUGGCUCUUCGACUCCUGUGCACGCGACCCGCGCUAGGGGCGAAUCAGACAGCCAGACACGACGACACGGGACCCCCGGGGGAUCGACAGAUCAAUUACCUCCCUUUCAUGGCCGCGGACGUGCAGGAACUGGUUCAUCAGUGGGACCUCAACCGCGAAUACACGUGGAUGAGGCUGAACGCGCGGGAAGUGGGCAACUUCCAGCGCAAGACCGUCUGGAGUUUCGACGUCGAGCCGCCCAGGGCAGUACGGAUGGGACUCGUGAUCCAUUUCCCCUUCGUCCUCCGCCCGGCGCGACGAGCCAAAUACCUGACCGAAACCAAGGGCGGGCGCACUGCGUCCCGGCGAUCGUCGCUCAAGUCGACGUACAACCCGCGGCGCGACGACCCAUUUCUGUGGUCGUUUGCCAUGUCGCACUCGCUGCGCGACGGGAAGACGCGCUGCCUGCUCGACGGGCUCACGGACUGGGCGAUCGGCGACGUGUCGCGCCGGCUCCUGAAGGCGUCGCAGCAGUGGUACGUGCACCCGCUGCACGUGCCGGUGAUCCUGCUCGGCAUCUUCUUCGACCACGCCGCGUGGGAGGUCAACCGGCUGUGCGUCGAGGUCGGCCACUUCGAGUUUCUGUCGCGCGACGCCCAGAUUGGCUCGCUCGAGCACUUCGACGCCAUCACCACCCAGCUGCAGUACCUGCGCCGCGACCUCGACUUCCUGCAGUCGCUGGCCAAGUUCCUGCUCGAGACCAUGGACUUUCUCGAAGAGAAGAUCUUCCUGCGCGAGUGGGACAGCAAGGUCGGCCGGGACGACGGCACCGUCACCUCGUACCGGCUCUACGUGCACCAGACGAACCCACACAUGGAGGAGAAGCUGAUGAAUAUCUCGCAUUUGAUCGACAACAACCUGUCGACAUGCCAGUACUUGCAGGCGAGGACGAGUGACGCUCUGGACUUUAUCAAGGGCAAAAUUUCGUUGCGUGACAACGACUCGAACCGCGAAGACGCCGACUCCAACAAGACCAUGUCGUUCCUGCAGAUGAUCUUCCUGCCGGCGACGUUCGUGGCGGCCAUCGUGUCGAUGAACUUCUUCGACCUGACAGUCUCGCCGCCCCGCGUCAGCGGCUACAUCUGGAUCUUCUGGCUUGUCAGCCUCGGCCUCACCGGCCUCGUGCUGGCCAUCUACUUCUUCUGGCGCUGGAAGGGCAAGGUCAAGGCCGAGGAGGAGCGGAGGGAGGCCCGCAGGCGCGAGAAGAUGCUGGGCUGGGAGGAGGGGGGAGGCGGGGAGAAUGCCUACGGCACGGGCAGUGAGCCGGACAGUGACGCUGAGGGUGGUGGUGGCGGUGGUGGAAAGAGAAGGAGGACCCGGAGGAGUCGAAGACGCGGGAGGGGGAGGAGGGGGAAGAGAACGAUCAGCGACGACAGCGCAAAUGAUGGUGAGAGGCGUACGGCUCCUGGCCAGGCGAAGAAAAAGGAGAAGCCAGAGUUGGUCAUGUAG